AUGGCCGGUGUCCUAGACCUCGUGUCCACCAUUUGGACGCGCUUCAGCACCAACUUGCGCGGCAGUCUCGAGGGCAUGACGCCCGAGAAGUGGAUUCGCCUUGUCAUCAUUGUUGGCGCCUACUGCCUGCUUCGCCCCUUCCUGAUGAAGCUGGCUGGCGGCUCGCAAAUGAAGCAGCACGAGGCCCCUGUUGAAGAGUUCGAAGGCGCCAAGGCUAAGGUCCAGCCUAACACCCUCCGCGGCCAGGUCGAGAUCCCUGAGAACAGCGACGACGAUGACGAGGACGCCCCGGCUUCCACGACGUCGACCGAUUGGGGCAAGAAGGCUCGCAGAAGACAGCGCGAGGUCCUUAAGCGUAUGAUUGAUGCUGAGGAGAAGAGGCUUGCUGAGCUGCAGGAGGAUGAAGAGGACAAGGAUAUCGAGGAAUUCUUGGUCAAGGAGUAA